ACAGGAUGUGGUGUGUGUAGUGCUACUUUAUCAGCAGGCUUGCUCUGCAGCUUUGGCCAGUAGCAUUGAGUAUACAAUUUAAAGCACAGCCAAACAAUGCAGAUCACUGUAGUGUUUGCAUGUCUGGUGAUAUCAGCAGCCUCUGCUGCUCAAAGUGACUCUACAGUGGCCUGUUAUAUGGAUGCAUCCCUGCAGCACAUGUUUUUUCCACUUGAUCCUUUCUUGUGCACUCAUAUUAUUUACUCCACUGCUUAUAUUGAUGAUGACUUCAGUUUAAAAACCUUGUCCCCGGAUGUGGACCCUUUUAGCUCCAUGCUGAAAAUGCUGAAAGACGGGAAUCCAACUCUAAAGAUGUUGCUUGGUGUUGGUGUGAAGCAGUCAAGGUUGGAGGUGUUGACCAAGCAACAGAUUACUCUGGAUAAUUUUAUUAACUCAACACUGAAAUAUCUGAUGAAGAACAAUUAUGAUGGAGUGGAGCUGACAUGGUUAGAGCAGGACACUGAUGAAACUCUCAGGAACACGGAAACUCUCACAGGUUUCACUAAGGAACUGAGAGGAUGGAUUGACCAUACUGCUAACAAGUCAUUGCUUGUUGCUGUGUCUCUUCUGGAACAUUGUGACAACAUCAGCACUUGUAUUGACAAGAAAAGUUUGUCACAGUAUGUUGACUUCAUAUGCCUACUGUCACUGAUUCCCAAUAAUGAAGGGCCACAAAUUGACAGCACAGUCAAUUACUGGCAGGACCAAGUUGACCUCAAGAAGCUUAUCCUGGUCUUGCCUGCAAUUCUACAACCGCUUCGAAAAAGACAGAGUUGUAGCCAGUCCAGGAUUGUAGGCAUAAAUCCAGAGAGGAAAGUGGAGCAAAUGAAUGCCCCUGGGAUGAUUAUAGCCAAACAGGUCUGCCAGGCCAUUAAGAGUGGACGAAAGGAAUUUAAGACUUUAACAAUACUUGAGCAUGCUCAAAGCCAUGGGAAAGAUGUGUCAAGGGUACUACAGAAAGGACUUGGUGGUGUUGGGGUUGUCAUGUUAGACGUUGGCAACUUUUUCAACUCUGUUUGUCUCAACUGCACUGAAAAUGAAAAGGCGAUUCUUGAAUUAAAUGUGAUUACCAGGCAUCACCACAGGCAUGAUCACCACGGGCAUAGUCAUCACAGGCAUGGUCAGCAUGGGCAUCGUCAUCACGGGCAUGGUCAGCAUGGGCAUCGUCAUCACGGGCAUGAUCAGCAUGGGCAUCACCAUCGACACCAUCAUCAUGAACACCAUCACCACAGAUGUGGACACCACGGACAUGGUCACCAUAGUAACAGUCACCAUUUUAACAGUCAUCACGGUUAGAAAGGGUGUUUGCAUCAUGGUCAAAAGUAAUCAGACAAAUUUCAGCUUAAAGGAAAGACAGCCUAAUAAUCACGUCUAUUCAAACAUUGUUGAGUAAUGUGAUGCCACUUAUAUUAAUCAAAUAUCAUAGCAAUAGCAUGAGAGUGUUGAAUGUUGCUUAAAAUUGCAUUAAGGCAUUGAGACAGUGAUAUAUAUAUUUUGUUUACACAUUAGUUCUCUAAUAUCUAAUCAUGCUUUUGCUAAAUAAAUAUUCCAAUGUUGUGCGGAAAAUGUUAUUAGUUUGAAUAUUGGUUAAUUAGUGUUAUGAAAUAAAUAUUCCAAUUCACUGCUUUCAA